CUUACACGCAUGUGGGCGGGGUUUGCUAAGUUAUCUGACCAAAAUGCGUUUAGUCAAUCGGGCGCUGCUGUUAGGGGCGCUCGGAAGCAGAACAUUUGACAGAGCCAUGUGUGCGCAGGCAAAUGACUGGAAAAGUGCCAAGUCUAUCUAUGAGUUCUCCGCUAAAGACAUAGAUGGAAAUGAAGUGUCUCUAGAGAAAUACAGAGGCUACGUCUGCAUCAUUACGAACGUGGCCUCCAAAUGAGGCAAAACUCCUGUAAACUACACUCAGUUUGCGGCCAUGCAUGCCACGUAUGCUGAGAGGGGUUUACGCAUCCUGGGCUUCCCCUGCAACCAGUUUGGAAAGCAGGAGCCUGGUACCGAGGAGGAGAUUAAACAGUUUGCCAAAGGUUACAAUGCAGAGUUUGACCUCUUCAGUAAGAUUGAUGUGAAUGGGGACAACGCUCAUCCUCUUUGGAAGUGGUUGAAAGAACAGCCAAAGGGGAAAGGCACUCUGGGAAACAACAUCAAAUGGAACUUUACCAAGUUUCUCAUUGACAGAGAGGGUCAAGUUGUGAAGAGAUAUGGACCAAUGGAUGAUCCGAUCGUUGUUGAGAAAGAUCUACCAGCAUACUUGUAAACGGUCCGGACCUGCCA